AUGGAGCGCACCGAUAGAAAAGAUGAAUCGUCAAUCGGGCCUGUGUCGUCGUUGCGAUCGAGGUUUGAGAACCUACAACAAGACAAAGGCACACCACCCGUAUCGCCAAUCGCCGGUCGACUACCCUUUUCGACAGGACCUCCCCAGACCACGACCAGCCGUCCAACGACCCCGGCGCUAGGAGGCAGCAGUCAUGGAGCUAGUGCUUUACCUCAUCUUGAGCCGCCCCAGGCAGUCCCACGGUUGCGUACUCCGAACACACCACUGUCGCGACCACAUUCCAUGGCGUCCACCACACCAACACUCAUGUCGCCGCCUCUUCUCACGGUAGACUCACCCCAUUCUCCGGGAAGGAAGAACAUGUCGGUGGAUCUCCGCUCUCCUGACACCACUGCACCGAACCUCACCGCCGCCCCUCACUCGCCUACCAAAGCCCACCAUGGCAGAACACUCAGUCGAACGGCAUCUCCCGCAUUAGAAGCUCGAAUGUCCGCCUUCCUGCAGGCAAGCGAUGUGCCAAAAGCACAGUCUGACGGUGCAUUGACUGCUCCGCCUACACCCGAAAUGAGACCACAAAGCCAUACAACCAGUGUACCGCCACCAGUCAAUCGUGCAGGAAAACCGAACGUGCCGGUCAAGCCUUCGAAUUUAGCACAAAAGGCCGACAGCUUAACCGCACCAGAACCAAUUGGCGACGUGGUCGACCAAGGUGCUUCGCCAUUCAGCACACCGCCGGGCAGUGGGACAAGCUCACCUCGCAGGCCAACUGAUGCUAACCGUGGCAGGAACGACUCGAGCGCUUCCCUCACACAUCGGAUGCGCACCGCUUCAGAUGCUUCCUUCGUCGAACUUCUGCGGACCAACUCUGGGUCAUCAGUCCCCCGGAGUCGAUUCGACUCCAACGCAUCUCUCAUUGAACGCGCUCGUGCUGGAUCGAAUGCAUCUUUCGUCGAGCCUUCGUCAUUACCAGACAGCUGGAACCACCCAUCUACCCCUCCGCUUCCAAACCCAGUAACAGCUAGGCGUGACCAGCAGGCAAACGGCAUGCCAAGACCCGCGCGGUAUCGAACGACAACGGUACCCGAGAGUACUGCAGCUGAAGAUUUUGCCGAAGACCGCCCAAGGCUGCCCUCAAGGCCAGAGUUGCAAAUGCGGCCCGGGCGAACUAGUCCACCCAAAGCGCGUUCAGGGCGGACCAGCCCGGUCAAGCAAAUGUUCGAAAAGCACGCAUUUGAGGGACCAAAACGAGCAGUGACUCUGGACGGGGCUCAAACUCCCCCACGCAUCCCUGCCAGCAAGCAGAUCCAGAAGUCAGCACUCAAUCAAGGCUUCGAUCGAGACCCAGCCAGCAGUGCUCCUGCACCCAAGCCCUCUGCUAGCGUGCCUCAACCUGCACCACCGGUGCCCGCGCCCAGGCGUUCAAUGGACCAUCGGAGGGAGAUGCCAGCUCCGGCUACCAUACCGGCGACUAAGCCUGCUGCAGCGCCUGCUCCCCUACGAGCUAAUGGCCACUCCCACGAUGACCAGGAAGAUUACCAGCUCUCCGACUUCACUGGGUCUCAAGCCACUGCGCCAAGUGAUUACCCAGACUCCUCCCAAGCAAGUCGUCGACCGCCGAAGUACAGAAAACGGCCAUGGCAGAUUCCGACGGAGUACGACACUCGGACGUUUGCCGUCUGCGGAGAGUACGUGUGCACAACAGGACACCGUACUAAAGUGUGGAGUCUGCGCACUGGCGAGCUACUAGUCGACAUGGAACACCCAGACAUUAAAGUCAGCUCACUGGUUUUCAAGCCGGCUGCAUCGGCGGAUGACGAGGGCAGUCGUAUCUGGCUUGGUACCAGCGUUGGCGAGAUCCAUGAAUUGGACGUUCCGUCGCAGGCGGUCGUGAAAACCAGAACAAACGCGCAUACCCGCAAAGAAAUCAUCCGGAUAUUCCGAUACGCUUCAGAGCUAUGGACGCUGGAUGACAGCGGUGAUCUGAAUGUCUGGAAGUCAGACCACACUGGUUCGCUGAGUCUUGACUCUCAAUUCACGAGCUACCGCACAGUCAGAGGACACACUUAUUCGAUCGUGCUUGGCAAGCAUUUGUGGCAUGCGGCCGGGAAAGAGAUACAGUUCCAGGUUGUGUGGAACCCUCUCUCCCAGUUUGGCACUGGUGAGGUCCAUUCUGGUGCAACACUCAGUGCAAAGCCAGAUCUGGUAUACUUUGGUCAUCAAGAUGGCAAGGUCAGCAUCUAUAACAGAAACGACUUCUCGUGCACCGCAGUGGUCAAUGUAAGCAUGUACAAGCUCAGCUCGAUGGCUGGAGUUGGAGAGUACCUUUGGGCUGGCUUCAACACCGGUAUGGCAUAUGUCUACGAUACUUCGACCAUUCCUUGGACAGUCAAGAAGGAUUGGCGAGCGCAUGAGAAACAGAUCUGUGGUAUUAGCGCAGACCGAUCCGCCUUGUGGAAGCUGGAUCGCUUGCAGGUUGUCAGCCUCGGCACGGACAACCUGCUGAAGAUCUGGGACGGUAUGCUGGAGGAGGACUGGUUGGAGGCUCGAAUGCAGGACCACGACAGCGAAUACUGCUCGUUCGACGAUCUGACCGCCGCAGUGUUGACAUGGAACGCUGGCGCCACGAAGCCGGGAUACCUGCAACACAACAAAGAGGACAACAACUUCUUCCGGGAAUACAUCUCCUCUCGACAGAUACCUGACAUCUUUGUCUUUGGUUUCCAAGAGCUGGUGGAUCUUGAAGACAAGAAGAUGACAGCCAAGUCUUUCUUCAAGAGCAAGAAGAAAGAUGCCAACGAGCAGGAGCACAUGGGCCAUCAAUAUCGCACAUGGCGAGAUCAUCUUACGAGAUGUUUAGACGAGUUCACGCCUAGCUCGCACACCUAUGUGCUACUACACAGCGCCAGUUUGGUUGGACUCUUCACCUGCGUGUUUGUCAAGUCCAAACUUCGAAGCCGAGUCAAGCAUGUCCAUGCCUCGGAAGUCAAGCGAGGCAUGGCAGGAUAUCACGGCAACAAAGGUGCUCUCAUCGUCCGCAUGGUCCUAGACGACAGCAGUAUUUGCCUCAUAAACUGCCAUCUUGCCGCUGGCCAGACACAAACCAUCCAUCGCAAUAACGAUGUCGCGGCCAUCCUGGAAGCAGAGACCUUACCCUCGUACCCGCUCAGCAACGACAGCGUAGCACAACACGCAGACGUCUUCACCUCGGGCGGCGACGGCAGCAUGAUUCUCGACCACGAAAUUUGCAUCCUAAACGGCGACCUCAACUACCGAAUCGACACCAUGGGCCGAGACACCGUCGUCAAGCACGUCCAUCAAAACAGCCUCGGCCGCCUGCUCGAGCGCGAUCAGCUCCUCCUCACCAAGAAGCGCAAUCCCGGCUUCCGCCUUCGAGCCUUCCAAGAAAGCGAGAUCCGCUUUGCACCGACGUAUAAGUACAAUCUCCAAAGCGACGACUACGACACUUCCGAGAAGCGCCGAGCGCCCGCCUGGUGCGACCGUAUCUUAUACCGCGGCAUUGGCAAAGUCAAGAUGGAUGAGUACAAGCGCUGGACGCUGCGCGUGAGCGAUCAUCGACCUGUCAGUGGACUGCUGAGGAUAAGGGUCAAGACGGCGGAUGAGGCGAGGAGGGCGCAGGUGUGGGAGCUUUGCCAGCAGGAGUUCGAGGUGGUGCGGAAGCGGGUGGCGAGGAAUGUGCAGUUGGAGCAUUUGGUCGGUGUGUUGGGGUUGUCUGGGACGGAGGCUAAGGCGGCUUUGCGGUGA